CUUCAUUAUACCAUCUUCUUUUUGUUUUUGGUUUAAUUAAUCCUCUGGCAAAUUAGGUUGAUUGGUUAAAAUCAUUACUCAUGAAUCUUUUUCUUUCUCUGUGAUUGAGGUGUGAGUUUUAUCAUCUUACAUUAUUGUAGCAAUGACCCACCAAAAAAAAAAGCAUGUUCUUCUUCUUUUGUUCUGAAUAAAACCCAUCAAGAAAGACUUUUGAAAGCUAACCAAGAAAGUGUCUUUUGAAACUCUUUUACAUCUUGAGAUAGAUUCUUGAAUUGCAAUGAAGGGAAUGAAGGAGAGAUUGGCGAAGAAAAUCAAACUCAUCACCAUUGUUUCGACCUUGAAGCAAGGCCUAGCUCAUCAUAGGAACAACGUUGAUCGGACAAUCCAUCAUCUAAAAGAGGAAAUAGUCGUUGAAUCUGGUCAAAACAGAGGUUGUGUUACACCAACGCUACCAGAGCUUGAAGAUGUGGAUGAGCAAGCACAAGAACAUGAUCUCCAAGAAGAAGAAAGAGGGAUUCUAUUGGAGUUUGAAGAGAACUGCCCACCUGGAGGAGAAGAUUCGAUCGUAUUCUACACCACGGGGCUGCGAGGAGUGAGGAAAACAUUUGAAGCCUGUAGAAGAGUAAGAUUCUUGUUGGAGAAUCACAAGGUGAUGUAUAAAGAGAGAGAUGUAUCGAUGGAUGCAGAGUUUAGAGACGAGAUGUGGAGGUUGCUUGGGGGUAAAGUUACCUCUCCGAGGCUGUUUAUUAGAGGUAGGUACAUUGGAGGAGCAGAUGAAGUUGUGGCAUUGAACGAGAACGGGAAGCUCAAAAAGCUUCUAGAAGGGAUCUCAUUAGUUGAUUCUCCCUGUGAAUGUUGCGAUAACGAAAGGUUUUUGAUAUGUUUUAGUUGUAAUGGAAGCUCUAAAUUGAUUGCAGAUCAUUAUGAUGAUGAAGAGACUAGUAAUGAUGAUAAUAAGAUGUGGACGAGAUGCAGAGAAUGUAAUGAGAAUGGGCUUGUGAAAUGUCCUCUUUGUAGUUAACGUUGUUGUAAUAACUACUACUAUCUGAUUUUAACUUUGUUUAAUUAAUGUCUGAACAUUACCAUGGUUCAAAACAUGUUCUUCUGUAUAAGGAUUUGCUUA